AUGUGGCGACCCCGCCCUCGCCAGCUGCACAUCAAUCGGUUUCCCACUUCCAGGGGGCAGGGAACGGGUGAGUGGGUGGCGGACGAGGCGCCAACGUUGCGCUGGGGAAUCGCACCCGUCAGCCUGAUGGCGGAUGACUUUGCCGCAGCGCUGAGUGUCCUGCCGGAGAAGCAUCAUCGCAUCGUGUCCUGCGUGGCCGCCUACCAGUCGCACGCCCUCGCCUUCGCGGAACGCCAUCAGGUGGAGAACGUGUACACCAGCUUCGAGGAUUUGGCCAGGUGCCCGAAUGUCGAUGUUGUGUACAUUUCUCCAUUGAAUCCGCAACACUCGGAGCUGUGUCAUCUGAUGCUGAAUCACGACAAGCACGUCCUGUGCGAGAAACCGCUGUGCAUGACGGAGGAGCAGGUGACCAAGCUGCUGGAGAAGGCGCGAGCGCGAGGUCUCUUCCUCAUGGAGGGAAUGUGGCCAAGAUGCGUGCCCGCCUAUCACUACCUGAGGCACCAAAUCCUGCGAAAUCGCCUGGGAGAAGUGCAGAAAGUCCGUUGCAGUCUGGGCUUGCCUGUCUCUCAGGGGAGACUGGGACUUUACGGCGGAGUCACGAGCGAUUUCGGGGUUUACGGAAUGCAGCUGGCACUGUGGGUGUUUCGGGAGGUGCCGCGCUGUGUCAAGGUCAGCGGCAAGGUCAACGCGGAUCACGUGGACGUGGAGGCUGACAUCGAACUGUGUUUCACUCGCGGCAAGAGGGCCUUCAUCGAGGUCAGUUCGGAAAAGCGGCUCAGCAACCAGGCUGUUAUUCAGGGCAAGACUGGGACCAUUAAGAUGAACAACUACUGGUGUCCCACUCGUCUGAUCACCGAGGAGGUGGACUACGAGUUUCCGCUGCCGGGUGGCGAGCAGAUGCCCCCCACCCACUACCACAAUCGACUGGGCAUGUGCUACGAGGCCGAGGAGGUGAGGAACUGCAUCCUGAAGGGCAGCAACGAGAGCGAUGACUUCAGCCACAACGAGAGUCUACUGCUGGCCAAUCUAAUGGACACCAUUCACGCCGAACUGGGAGUCGGAGAAUUCGCUUCUCUUCACAAGGAAACUGCCGAUCUACAGCAGCAGAUCGAGAAUGUUCAGGACGAAGUCAAGGAUCCCGAGGAACUGUCCAGCGAGACGUGCCGAGUAGUGCAGGAUGUCACCAGCGGUGAAACUAUGGAAGCUAAGCAGGAGGAGGAGGAAGCACCUCGCCGGUCCAAAGUCAUAGAUAACCCCUAG